UAGUAAAAUAGAUAUGUACAUAUAGGUAUAUAAAAGGGUUACAGUAAUUUAGUUCAAUUUAAAUCGUGAGGGUAUAGUGUUGGUUAGUUAAUUUUGCUAAAGCUAUGGCAGCGAAAAUAUUUAAGGAUUUGCCAGGAGGGCUAAAGAUGCCCGCCAUUGAAAUUGGUACUUGGCAGAUCACUGAUGAAGCUGAUAUAGAAACUGCUCUAAACACCGCCCUUGAGUUGGGCUACCGCCACAUCGACACAGCUUUUGCUUAUGAAAAUGAACAUUUUAUUGGUCGCGUGCUGCAAGAAUGGUUUUCUUCUGGAAAACUGAAAAGGGAAGACCUGUUUAUCACCACUAAGCUUCCAUUGCAAGGUGUACAUCCGGAUAGAGUAGAGAUGUUCAUAAAGAAGUCGCUGGAAAAUCUCAAACUGGACUACGUUGAUUUGUAUUUGAUCCAUUUCCCUGUUGGUCUUAAGUACGUUGAAGGAGAGACAAAUCCAUCUCUAGUUGAUAUGCAGACUGAACCAGAAGACCAUGUAGGCGUUUGGAAGAAAAUGGAAGAGCAAGUUGACGCCGGUAGAACUAAAACUAUUGGACUGGCAAAUUUCAAUGUCAGACAGAUAGAUCGGAUAUUACAGUCUGCUAGAAUCAAGCCAGCAUGUUUACAAGUCGAACUCCAUGUCUACCUGCAACAAAGGGAGUUGGUCAAAUUUUGCCUCCAAAAUGGAUUUGUUGUAGUUGCUUAUUCUCCCUUGGGUUGUCCAGGAUAUAACAAGUCAUUGGAGGAGAUUGGAGCAGAACCUAAGAAGUUGCCAGAUAUGCUUCACGACGAAACCAUCAAGAAAAUCGCCACCAAACAUACAAAAUCUACCGCUCAAGUCAUGUUGCGGUACUUAUUACAGAGAGAUCUUGUAGCCAUACCGAAGAGUGUUACUCCUGCUAGAAUCAAAGUGAAUAUAGAUGUGUUCGACUUUUCUUUGGACGCCGCGGAAGUAAAAGCUUUGGAUGACCUUGAAGUUGGAGAGGAAGCGCGUGUAUGCGAUUUUAAGAUAAUCCCUGCGUUACUGAACCAUCCAGAGUUUCCGUUUUCAAAAUAGAAGUGUAAUUAUUAAUUAAUAUCGCUGUUCGAGUUAUAUGUUACGCAUUAAUAAAU